AGCACAGUUAACUAUCAGUCCGUAACUGACUUUCCGUCGAAAUUGACGUGCGUGAUUUAUAAAUUCACAAGACUGUCCUGUGAUUCAGUUGGUUGUACGUACCUCGAUCAAUCUACAUAUCAACAGACCUACUUCUCCUGAUUUUUCAAUUUCAUUAUUCAGCAUAGUUUCAAAAAUAAAAUAGAAUUAGAUCUUCCAACGUUCUUCAGUCAUUCGUCAAGGAUUUUAGGAAAAUCAUACACAAUCGUACACAAUGAAUGAGCUACACCAUAUGUCAUCGUGUCUGACGUACACGUUUGCGACACACAAGGGGUUAUUGGUUACGAUGUCUCUGGUUAAACCCCGACUUGGUGACUUCGAUCCAGGACCAUUUAAGUUCUUGACUGUAUGGAACCUGAUCAUUCAAGCGAUAUUUUUCUUCAUAUGUAUUCUGAAUGAUUGGUUCGGCACAAAUGCAGUUAAUCCUAAGAAGCCACCAUUCAUACGUAAAUUAAAGGAUCAUGUACAUGCGAUCCUCGGUUUUCCGAUUGCCAUGUUCGUUGGAAUAAUAUUCUGGUCUUUAAUGUUUGUGGAUCGCGAAUUGGUGCUUCCAAAGGCGCUGGAUCCUUACUUUCCAUGGUGGCUCAAUCAUUUGAUGCACACAAUGAUCAUAGUUUCCACGCUAAUAGAAAUGAUAUUAACCCCGAGAAAAUAUCCAAAGAGAUCGUUUGGUCUUGUAUGUUUAUUAUCCUUCAUGUCUGUAUAUUUAAUUUGGUUGCAUAUAAUUUUCUAUAAGAGCGGUAUCUGGGUUUACCCAAUAUUAGAUGUGUUGCCGCUGCCGAUACGAAUUAUAUUCUUCAUUGUAAUGCUUUUAAUCUCCGUAUUCUUGUACUUGAUCGGCGAAGCAGUGAACAGCUUCUUUUGGGGUAACGAAUAUACUAAAAGUAAAAAAUCUUAUGCCAAGAGCAAAUAGCCUCGCCCAUGGUGAUUAGCUGCGCUGACUUCGGUCAUACAUUAGGCUCCUCUAAGGUGGUGGUAAAUAAAAAUUAAAAACCAAUUUUCUAUCUCCUCUACCUCUUCCUCAUCCUAUCAUCCCCCUGCUCCAUUUAUCCUACAUUAUGGUAUGCACGCAUAUCCAAUGGAUAAAUUUUCUUUCGGAAACUCUUAAACAAAAACAUAGUAAUAUGUGCAUGCAAGGAUGGAGCGCGUUAAUUUUUACUCAAAAGCAGAAAGCACGAGGAGAACGCGGUCGUUAACAACUUGUUCACUUGAAGAGGCUUGCGUAGCUGGAGCAUGUAGAUGUGACUUUUUUCUCUCGUGUGGUUUGUGUCAUAUGCACCAAAGAAAAGGGAAGACUAAUUGUAAUAACUAAGUACACUGCACACACUCUGAUGCCUGAUAUUCAUGGUGAUGUAAAUUAAAAAAUGCAAAGAAAUGGAAAGUAAAAAAAAAGAAAAACACGGACAACACACAUACGUACACACGAUGCAACAGCUAGUACAUUUUUAUACGUUCGAUAUUUGUUACUCUGACAACAAAAAAAUGAAAUAAAAUGUAGAAAGGAAGAAAAUGCGUCAUAGAGAAAUGG